AUGUCAUCAACACACUUCAUCCCCAAAAUCCCCCCCUCAAUCCACAACCCCACCCAAACCCCCACCCUCCUCUACUUCCUCGCAAAACACCACACCAACGAAGAAAUCUUCAUCGGCCUCAUCGCCCUGGAAGAACGAUACACUCCCGUCCGCUGCGUCGAUGAUGUGUUUAACGAGAUUCGGGAUUCGAUUCGGGCGGUUGCGAGAGGGGAGGGGAGGACGGACGAUGAGAUGGCAAAUGAUUUGUUGAAAGCACAGAGCGAGAAUGGGGUUAUUUUGAGGAACAGGGAGCAGGUGAAGGGGGAUCGGUUUGGGAGGAUGGGGAGGAGGGGGACGUCUGCGAAUGAGCAGAGGGGGGUUGCGUGGGGGAUUCUGGGGGAGUGUAGGGGUCUUGAGGGGCGGGGUGGUGUUGAGCAGCGAGGGGACGUAGAGAUGAAGCCGACCGUAGAUGUUCAGCAGGCGCCAUGUCGAGAUGCAGGGAAGUCGAUCCGUGAGAGGAUGUCAUUGAAGCAUAUCUUGAAGUGA